AUGUGCCGCCCACUGGACCGUGUGGGUAGCUCUGAUCACUAUGCAGUGUUGUCCUCCAUCAAUCUCUCCGCUGCUAGAGAGGAGGAACAACAGCGAGUCAUCUGGUUAUGGGAGCGUGCUGACUGGGAGGCUAUGAAGCGGUCUCUGUCAGCGACUGAUUGGCACACCGUACUGACCGGAGACCCACACCACGAUACCAUCGCCUUUACCACCGUCCUUCUCUCCCUACAACAACAAUUUGUGCCACACAGGGUGUACACAACAAACCCUAAGGACCAACAAUGGUUUGGCUACCAAUGUAGAGUCGCUGCUGACAAUAAAUAUAGAGCGUGGCAACACUACAAGCGACAUCCCACGCAGGUUGAUGCUAAGCAAUGGUGGAACCUGGUGAAGGAGAGACAAGGCAUCUCCCAUCAAGUGCGAAUCCCAGCCCUUACCAAACCUAACGGAGACCUGGCUGUCACCAGUCGUGAAAAGGCUGAUCUCCUUGCCGCAGAGUUCAGCCGGAAAAUGACAACUGGUGACCCCAACAGGCAGCCACCUGCCCUCCCCCCGUCUUGCCCCCCCCUCGCACUCAUCUUCCGGCAGUGCCUGCAGACCGGGGAGUGGCCAUCACUUUGGAAGGAGGCGAGAAUUACACCAGUGCACAAGAAGAGGUCAAGAGCAGAGCCAGGAAAUUACCGACCCAUCUCCCUCCUCUCAGUGGUGAGCAAGAUCUUUGAGAGGAUAAUUGGUGAGCAGAUCAACAAAUACCUUGAGGAGAAUCACCUUCUAUCUCCGAAGCAAUUUGGAUUUAGAAAAGGCCGUUCAACCUCUGAUCUCCUCCUCUUGCUCUCCAAAUCCUGGCAUGAUGCCCUUGAUGCCGGACGCCCCUCCCUGGUGAUCGCCUUAGACAUUGCCGGUGCUUUUGACUCUGUGUGGCAUCAUGCGCUGACUACUAAACUCCAGCAGCUGGGCAUCACCGGGGACCUGCUACAACUGUUCACCAGCUACCUCACGGGACGGAGCCUCCGCGUAGUGGUGAACGGCAGCACCUCGUCCUCCUUUCCAGUGGAGGCUUCUGUACCCCAAGGUUCAGUACUCGGCCCAAUACUAUGGAACAUAUAUUUCAACGAUCUACUGCAGAGUUCUCCCGAAGCGGCUGCUUAUGCAGAUGACUGCACCCUCUCCUGGGCUUACGAGAGGGGAGAAGCCCAGAAUGUGGUGCAGGCAGUCAAUAGGCAGCUACAGGACAUCCUGGCUUGGGGAGAAAGGUGGCAAGUCAAGUUUGCCCCUGAGAAAACCCAGGCCAUGGUGAUCACCCGCUCACAGGGAGAAGCAGACCAACUGCGUGGAAAGUUGCGUCUCGGGCCAGACACCAUCCCUCUGCAGGACACCAUUGAAAUCCUUGGGGUGGAGGUGGAUUCCAGGCUGCAGUUCGACCGUCACCUGGAGAAAGUGGCGCGGAACGCCUCCUCUAAGGUGAACCUACUGCGCCGGAUGAAACACCUCCUCCAUGCUGACGGCCUCCUCACACUCUACAAGGCCCAGCGGCAGCAGGAGGAACAGCAGCGGCACGACCUGAGGGACAGCCUCGAGCACCGCAGGAGAGUUGCCGCCUUGACAGUGCUCCACAAGGCACAAGUGCAGCGCGUACCCCACCUGACGGACUUAGGGGCAACCUGGAGGAGACACGAGGUUGGCACGAGGACGGUGUCGGCCAAUGACCUCCUCCUGGAAGUCCCGAGGUCCCAUAGCUCUACUCACCAGCGUGCCUUUACAUCAGCAGCGGUGGUGUGGUGGAACGAGCUCACUACAGAUGUGGAUACGCUGGAAGUCCUCAUCACGAGAAAAGUCACCGCCUUCCUCAACGCCCACCACCUCCUUAACUCAAAGCAGUUUGGGUUCAGGCAGGGUAAGUCGGCAGCCGACCUGCUUCUCCUAAACUCUACGGAGUGGAGCACCGCGAUAGACAGUGGGAAAGAGGUGUUCGUCGUUGCCCUGGAUAUCGCCGGUGCUUUAGACAGUGUGUGGUUCAAGGGAGUGGCAGCCAAACUGAGGAGCCUUGGAGUGUGUGGAGGACUGCUGCACCUCCUGGAGGACUACCUUCAUGGCAGAACCCUGCACACUGUUGUUGAUGGCCACUCGUCCUCCCAACACCAUAUCAAAGCCAGCGUCCCUCAGGGCAGUGUCCUCGGGCCUCUGUUGUGGUGUGUAUAUUUCAAUGACAUACUGCAACUAGUCCCCGAGGCCAAAGCGUAUGCAGACGACUGCACCCUCACCUUCAUCAGCGACAGGAACCACCGGCAGAACACGGUGGACAGAAUCAACACUGUCCUGCAAGUUAUUGCAUCCUGGAGCUGCCGCUGGCAAAUAACCCUCGCCCUGAGAAAACUCAAGUCCUGCACAUCUCCAGGCGGCGAGAAGACGCCCAUCCCCCAGCCUUCUUUCUUGAAGGCAAAAGGCUGCCUCUCCAGCAGUCUAUCUCCAUCCUGGGGGUGGAAGUAG